UGAAAUAUUCAAAAUUCAUAUCAAAAUAAACAAACUGCAUCUAAAUCAGAAUAAUAUUUUUAUUGAAGAAGUGGGUUUAAAGGUCUGUGAGUUAAAUUAUCUGAAUUUGAUUGUGAAUAAUAUUUUUGUCCAAAAGGGGUUAAUUGUCCAUAAAUGUCAAGUUCAUAACUAAUUUGCUCAAAAAAUUAAUUUAUGUGUUAUUGCUCUUUGCUUACAAGUUGAGAGAGCAAAUUGCCAUUAAUUAAAUCAAAUAAGUGUAGGAUAUGCCUUGUUUUUAUAUUCUCUAUAUAUUCGGAAGUUUGCUAAUCAGGUAUUUCCUUGGCUGUGGAAUUCUCACAUAUUCAGAAAAACUAAUUGAGAAUUGGAAUAUUAUAUUUACGUUAGGUAAUUAGGAAAACAAAUUCAUUUAUGAAUCAAAUUCCCCAAUAACUUCACGUCUUAUAAAACUCUCUAAUAUAAAUUCUCCAUAAAAAACCAACAACCUUCUUUAUUUCUGUCUCAAACCAAACUACUCUGCAAAUUCUCCCUCUCAACAAAAAAAAACCAUGGGAUCCAACAAAAGAAAAACAACCAUCACUCUCAAAACCUCCGACGAACUACUCGUGGAGGUCGAAAAAUCAAUCAUAGAAGAGAUGGAAACGAUCAAGAAUCUUUUAGACGAUACUAUCUCUGAUCCAGGGACCUUGGCGCUGACCAUUGUUCCGGUUCCUGAGGUAUCAUCCGAGGCGCUUGCCAUGAUAGUCGAAUACCUGACGAAAUCUGCUGACCUGAAAGCUUUGAAAGUUUCCAGGGAAAAGACCAAAGCCUAUGGUACUAAAUUUGUGAAGCGGCUGAACGAUAGAGAGCUAUUAAUGGCGAUAAGCGCUGUUAAUUAUCUAAACGUGAAGCAUUUGAUAGGGAUGCUGCAGGAUGCAGUGGCGGAUCGGAUCAAGAACAAGAGUGUGGAGUAUGUGCGAGAAUUUUUUAACAUUAAAGGUGAUUUUAGAGAAGCAAAAGAAAAGCAACUUCGCCAAGAAAACGAAUGGGCAUAUGAGGGCGUUGAUGAAGAUUAGAUUAUAGUUUAAGUUUUUUUUUUUUUUUUAAUUUAAUCAUUAUUUAUGUUUAGGUUUGUUCUUUUUUCUGGGUAUUAAUCUCAUAAAAUUAUUAUUUUCAUUAUUAUUUAUUAUAAUAGAUUCAUCAUAAAAAAGAUAUGCACAUCACAAUAUUCCAUGACACCCAUUGAGGAUUUUGGGAAACAUAUGUUUAAUAAAAUUUAUACAUUUGAAAUUUGUAAAAUUUUAAUUUA